AUGAAGCGUUAUCAAAGUGAAGCAAUACAGCAACGACUUAAACUUCUCUUCAGUGUUCUUCUUCGUGGUUUCAGUUCAUUUGUGAAUCAUCAUGCGAAUGAAGUGGCAUGGUUAAAAGCUCGGCUUGAAUCAUUGCACUCUGAUAAUUUGGAUGAACAACGAAUCCUGCGAAAAGAAUUAAAAGUAGCAAAAGAAAAUGAAGAGCUUUAUUCGAAACAUGCAGAUAGAAUUGUGAAACUGCGCGACCAAUAUCUUGGGCAAAUUACCGUUUACAACAAUUUGAAAGGUGGAUCAGUUGGUGAUUUACGAUUAUUGGGAGGUUCAACACGUUCCAUUCCAUCAUUUGGGAACAGUAACCGGAUGACAAAACGUUUGAAUCAAGCUGCAGCAGCUGUUGAAUUGGAAUUGUACAGUAUGGUGGGACGUUUACAAAUCGAAAUUAAAGCUAUUAUUGGAUUCGCUCGCAUAACACCUGGUGAUAUUUUUGAAGUAUCGAUCAGGCAUGGUACUCAAAAAUGGAAAACACGUGGUAAGACUCAACCGGAUCGGACUCAGAGAUGGGAUCAUUCUUCAGUUAUAUUUAUAUGUUAUCCAGAUUGUCCUAUUGAAGUGAAGGCAACAGAGGUUCGCUUUUUCAAAUCGAAAACACUGAGCGAACGUUCUUUUGAUCCUGGUGAAAUGUUUUGUUCACAGUCACAACUCUUAACGGUUAAUUUGAAUCAAAUUGGGACACUCAAAUUAGAAUUGGUUGUUCACUGGUUGCCACUAAUGAAUGCAAAGAAUUCGAAUAGUAUGAGUAGCGCAUACAGUUCAUUGUUCAAUGAAAAUUGUUUCUUGGAUAAUGCGUCAACUAGUGAUGCAGUUGAGAAGAAACCUCGAAUCUUAUUGCGCGAGAAGAAGCGCAAUAAUCAACUUAUGAGACAAAAAGAAAUUUGGCGUUCAUCAACAAAUAUCUUAGAUUGUGUUUAUGAUGAUAUUAGCAAGUCAAUCCCAACCAUUGAUACGAUGGAGGCAUUGCCUAUAAAACGAGGGGAAGUAAAAAAAGAAGCACCUGAAUCAGUUUACCUUAAAAAUGAAUGGAAACGUUCAGUUAGCGUGUCACAACUUGUAGCAAACUCAAAUCAGAAUUUAUGUGAACGUAUUUCUCCAACAUCUUCGGCACCAACUGAGGAUGAUUUGUUACAUCUUAUUGGAUUGAUUCAACCAGUUACUUCAAAACUGAUUCGGAAAUAUCCUGAAAUUGCUACCAACAAAUCAUGUGUGACUCGUUGGGAGAGGUUUUUGAAGAUAGAUGAAGUGUCAGUUGGUCGGAAAGACGAAUUAGCAAAUGGGAUUGAUGGGGAUUAUCGAGAUGAACAUGAUGAGAAUUUUGGAUUUCAAGGUGUCGAACAGACGUUAGUUUGGAAUCAUUUGGAGAGAAAAAAAAUACCUCUAUCAGAAAAUGAUAGCGGUAUUGAUUCAUUACGACAGCAUAUUUCCCCAUAUAGUGCAAAGAAUUGUUCAACUAUUGAUAGGGCAAGCUGCAUUGGAGCUAUUGGAUCGGGCCCAUCACAAAGACGAUUCAGACAGAUGAAGGAGAAGGAAAGGCGCAAGUCUGUUGGUGUUAUUAUCGAUUUAACUUCCGAAAAUCAAUAUUUUGGAAAUUCAGAUGAAUUAUGGUUACGCUCAAGUUCCGACAGUUCAUCCAGUGGUUGUUCAGUUAAUCGCUUAUGGGAUCGAACAUCAGCUAACGGAAUAUCUCGUGAAUUACAUCUCUGUCUUAGGCAUCACUUAAAGCGGUGCUUAAAUACACUUACAGCUUUAUCAAGUAUUUACGGUCCAUUAGAGUAUCGCGAAAAUGAAAUGUUGGGUAGAUUGGAAGAGGAGACAUCUACGCUAAAUGAAUUGAUCAAAUUGGCUUCAAAAAAGCAUUUGUCGAUGAUUCGUAAAAAUGUGUUAUAUGUGUUAACUAAUGAUUCGGAAGUGCAAGAAGUAUGGCUUUCCGUGGCCUUCCAAUUGAAUGCUACCUUAAUUGUACCGAUGGAAUCUUUGCGGCAACAGAUUCGUAGUCAUUUUGGAUCGAUGAUUGAAAUUCGUUAUCCAGAUUUAGUUAAUAACGUGAUUGAUACUGUCAUGUCGCUAUUAACGGAUAAAAAUACAUGGGAACCAGAAUACAUUAGCAUAUUUCAAUUUGUUAAUCUAUUUCGUGGUAAACAUGUCGCUUCAUUCGUUGAAAAUUUGGCACAUGAAGCAUUAAUAAUGUCACAUCUAAGCUCACGCCAAAUCAAUCUUGUUAAAGAAGUUAUGAAUCGAUUAUCACAGAUUCCAGUUGUUCCACCAUUGGAAAGUUUACGAUACAUUUCGCUUGUGCUUGUUUGCCCGGAUCGUAAUUUGCAAUCAGUUAUAGAAGCUUACCUUCUAUCAGCAAGUGGACGGUUGCGUGAUGAUCUAAUAACGUGUUACAUUUGCCUUUUGGAGCAUGAGAAUGAGCAAAGUCGUAAAGGUGCUUGCCGCGCAUUAGGCACACUUGGAUCAUCAAAAGGAGUAUAUCCUUUGACAUUUUUAUAUGGUAAUGAUCCUGUGCAAGCUGUACGAGAGGAAGCACAUAGAGCAUUAAGUAAAAUAACGCGUGAUUUGGAUGAUUUGACAAAUAUCGAAACUACUAAAAUUUAA